AUGGCGACCGUGACAAGCGCCCCGUCAGACCUGCCGCUGGAACAGCUCGCCCUCUAUCAUGCCUCCGAUCCGUUCCUGUCCUCCGUCUUCGUCUUCUAUGGUCCCGUCGCAACUGCCAAUGCCACCGUCAGCAGCUCGCGCAUUCAGGCGCAUAUCUUGACCCCCGCAGGCUUUCAGAGCUUCCCGCGUAUCACGAUCUCCCCCGCCGCUCCGUUGUAUGCUGCCGUCAAUCACCUACCCCGCGACAAACAGGGCGACGAGGUAAGUCGCGGUCUAGCCGUCGGGAUGUUGAAGUAUUUCGCCCAGCUCUCCGACCCCGCAAAGGAAUGCUUGCAGGUUGUCGCUCGCACAGGAAGGUCUGGGGCACAGAUCCCAAAGUUGUUCGACGAAAUGCAUGCCGCCGACCUCGCGAAUCGCAUGACCAAAGUGGACCAGACAACUGACAUCGUGCGCGACAUCCGUGGAGCCUUUCAGGAGCGCAAAGUCCCCUGGGUCGAUGUCGACGUCAUGUUUCCGCCAGGGACCAUUCAGCCACCCCAGCGGCCUAGUGGCGAUGAUUUGGAUGACCUAGCCGACAUGGAGGACAGCCUUGAUAUCCAGUACGGGCAAUAUUCGGCCCUCAUUCAUGCGCUGGGGAAGCCCAUGUUUUUGCCAACAUCACGAUUGAAAAGAGCUCCGUCCCAACCUACCAAAGUGAACCGAUCUCGAGUUUUCUCGACGAGUCAGAAGCAGGCUUUUCGCCUGACCAUGUGUGAGUUUGUGGAUACAGAAGAGAGAUAUGUGAACAAACUCUAUACCCUGGUGCGCAACGUGGCGGAGGAAUUCCGCCUCAAGGCUCAAGGUAGAGGAACCUCUAGUACGAGUCCCACCGAGUCAGACCUGGCCAAGCUCUUCCCUUCAUGUCUGAACGAGAUCCUUGAGGUCAACAUGGGCUUUUUGGAGGUAAUACGUCAUGUUCUCGAGGAAACCGAGAAAGAUGCGAUUGAAGACAUGACCCGAGAUACGGAACUGUCCUCGUCCAUGUCACAGCGCACCCCGUCAAAGGAGGAGACAGAUGAUCCGGUUGGGGCGGUGAUGUUGGCAAAUGCCCUUCUCGAGUGGUUCCCGCGAUUUUCGGGACCCUACGCGGAUUACAUGAAUGCCCACAACAGCUUCACACAUGUGUUGAACUCUUUCAUGACAGACAAGCAAUCCAGCUUCUCCAAGCGCGUGCAUGACACCGGAGAGCAGAUGCUACGAUCGUUGCUCAUGGAGCCUGUUCAGCGACUCCCUAGGUAUAGUCUAUUGAUUGAUACCAUGAUGAAGAGUCUCCCUUUGGUUCAUCCGGCAAUCCGACCAUUCCUAAAAGCACGGGACGUCAUAAACGAUAUAUGUGCUCUGGACGAUUCGUCUUCAACGAACCAUGAUCGGAGCUUUCGUCGACUAAAAGAGUUGGUGGACGGUUGGCCGUCAACCAUCUUGCCCACUGGCCGCUUGAUCACAGCGGUUGACUUCAACGAGUUGUCACCACCCUAUCAUCUCGAUCCUCCAUCCUCGGAACCGAGCGUGGGUAUUAUGUUUAUCUACAAAAAUUGCCUGGUGUUGCUUGCAAAAGCUGCUGGGAGUAAAAUCAUGGCGCGAGGCUUGCUAGCAGAUCUGGACAGUGCUGCGUCAGCGCCCAACGGCUCCCCUGGUUCGCUGCCCGCUAAUGAAAUUCGAGUGGUGCAGGUAUAUGACCUCCACUCUGUGCGUUGUAUGCAAUCUACCUGUGGCCGAAUCCUGUUCCUUGCCCCAACGUCGGCCAAAUCGGCGCCGAAUCAAAAUACCACCGUGGACCUCCUCGCGUUGGAGCUGGCUUCGAUAUACGAGGGCCGCGCCGUUCGUGUCAUUGAAGAUAUUGUGAAGGCAAAGAUUGCAGGUCGCUUCUCCGAGUCAGAGCGGGAAAAUAGCAAAUGGACCCUCCGUAGUCCCACGGGUACCGUGGGAAACCUCGGAAUCUUAGCAUGUGUGUUCGAGGACGAGAAGAGUGCAGAUGGUCAAGGGUCGCUGAUGAAUCGAACCGGGUUGUCUAAGAUUAGGAUCGUGUUUGACACACCAAGGGCCGCCUGCAGAAAUAUGUUGGAUUCUUCGGACCUGGAGGUGAUUGUUGGGGUAUCGCUGUCGGGUGAAGACCAAUUUCGAGUGGAUAUAGACUCAAUAGCUGGCACACCAGCCUCGGAUAUCGUGACUGUCGAUAGCUUCGUGCCUGUGCUCUCCAAACGCCUCCUCAAUGUGCUUUUACCGCUGCAUGGCCCUCAAAACCGGACCAUGACGGAAUCGAUCGUCCACUCCAACUUCGAAAUACUUCGCUACCUGACUGGCUAUCUUACGUCGCAGCUGAAGUCGCCCCGUGGGUUUCGCCCUCCCUCACCCACCAAGCUACUCUCAAGCCUUUUGGGUUCGAAAGAUACGAACACUCUGAAUUCCAAAGCGCCCACCUCUGCAACGUUACUGGGCGAAUUUCCCAAGAUGCCACCGCCACGUACUAACCUCUCGCGUUCCAACACCAUGCCUUCUGCGUUCUCAGGGAAGGAAGACAAAAAAGAAGAGACUUCGAGCAAAAUCUCCAUGGUUAGCGGGACCUCCUCAAAGGAGCUGGACAGCCCCUUUAGCGUCCUGGAACAGGCUUUUUCGGCUUAUGUUCUGGCCCUACAGUCUCGCAGUGGAAACAUCGUGGGGCGCACCCUCCGUGCGAGGGACAAUGUGGAUCGCUCUUCUGUCAACGAGCUUUAUAACGUCCUGCUGGAGGACCCCGGAAGGAUACAGAUGGCGGCUGAGGCGCCUGUUGACACACUUUUCGUGGCUUUUGAGACGUUCAUGGCGAACGCGUGGCGAGAGCACAUGGGGCCGGUUUUGGAUUCAUCAUCAAUGAAGUUACUUCAGAGUCAUUUCGACACUAUGUUUCCCCGAGAUUUCGACGAAAACUUCCGGAAAUUUCUUGCAGACAUAAGCCCCCAAAACCGCCGUGCGCUAGCUUCCCUGGUACGGUUACUUGCCGAGUUGCUCGACGCCUCUGGGAACGAUGGCGACCGGGGUGCUUUGACUGCGGCAUUUGCAGAGGUUCUGACGGUGGAAGGGGACCCAAUGCAACAUAUUUCCCUCCUGGAUCGUCUCGUUGAUGAUUUUGAUAACCUAUUUGAUGACUUUAUCCCCGGCGGUGCUUCGGUAGAGGGAGCCUUGAACUACGAUCAGACACAGUCCAUUUCGCGUACAGCUGGGUCUAUUGGCUCCAACGCUUCCUCAUUCCGCAAGCGUUUCGGCUUCAGCCUGCAUAGGGAUAAUUCAAAAUCGGAAGGAGAGAGCAAAGUCUCGUCGAUCCUACGAACCUUGAGCAAAAGCAAAGGCGUUGGCGACUCGGAACCUGGCACGCCGAAGGGGUCACUACUGCGUUCAAAGUCGAUAGAUAUAGACGCUAGUCUUGCUCAGUUGCUACGCCCUGGCUCGCGCGAUCGCCCCGGUUCAUCCACCUCGCAUGAAAACAUCCGACGCCCCGGCAGCUCUCAGGCAGAGACCACGUCAUUGUCAUCGAUCCGAGAAUUAUCAACAAAUGGCGUGGUGAGGGUGCGUAGAAAGAGAAGGAGCUCAUUGUCAGAUCUGCGACCUGGCACGGCGUCUACAGAUACUUCUGGCAUCUCCCCACAACAGGAGCAAAGUCCUGCAACUCCAAUAUCCUCCACAAACCGUGCCCCGCAUGAAAAGACGACACCGACGGAGUUGGAACGGCCACAGACAAGCCAUGGCUCCGGGUCUACGGUCCGAAGCACAUCUCCCGCCAAAAGCUGCUCCCCUAUCCGGAUGACUUCACCAAGCCGACGAUCGCCGACGCGUCCCGUUACCCCCAGUCGGAAAGAGAACAUCGAUCCCAAGAUAUCCCAGGUGGAAAGAUCUCCACGAAAGAAGGGGGAGGGUUCCAUCUCACCCACGCAAGACGGCAAGAGACGGUUGCGAGCCACCAGCAUUCCGUCCUCCAGAAAUCCUGGAUUGAAAGAGCGGCCGGUCCCAGUGAAUGGCUCGGAUGGGAGGUGCUCCCAUUCGUCAUCGUCUCCCCAGAAGCCGCAAAAACUACGAAUGCAAAGCCCACAGAAGCUUCGAGAUCGGUUGCAAAACGAAAGGAGGACUCAGGCCACGGCGCAGCUGGGUCUAAAGGACGAAUUGGAGUUGAUCGGAGACGAAUUACGAGCAAUGAAAAUCGGGCAUAAGGCAGAGCACAGCAAUAUCUCGUUGGGCGAACCAUUCUCGCCAGAUGCAAGCGCAGCUCUUCUGUCUCGUGUUCACGAGCUCGAGACGAAAUUUGAAUGGCUCUCUGGGGAGUUCAAUGGCCGGACUUCUUCUAUAGAGAAAGAUCUAGAGUCAUCCCUCGUAGUUAGCGAGAAGCGGGCGAAAAAGCUUGACGAGUUAUACCGGGAAGCUAGCGCGGAGAACGAGGCGCUGUAUGAUCGGUUUAACUCGGAGCUGAGCAAGAUAGCAAAAGACGCUCGAUCAGGGAAUGCUGAAGAAGCCUUGAAGUCCCAGUUGUCCUCGGCAUUAGACGAAAUCGGACGACUGAAGAAGGAAAACUUCCGACUGAAGCGAGAAGUUGCUGGAUUACGGGCGCAGCAAGCAGCAGUUGCCUUAUUGAAGGCGAGUGAAUGA